AUCGAUUUGGUUUUUACGAGAGUCUCAAGCGAAUCUCUCGUUUAUGAUGUUCUUCAACUGAACGUGCUGUGUAAAGGCCGCCUCACGUUCAAGUUGGUACGAUUUUCGGGAUAUCGUAAUAUAUUUUCACAAAGGAAUCUACUCACAAGGUUGCCGAAAACUCUUCGACAGCCCACGACCGGUUUCGCCCCUCUUGGGGCUCAAGAAGGGCGAAACCGGUCGUGGGCUGUCGAAGAGUUUUCAGCAACAAUAUUAUCACAAACGCUCAAAAGUUUGUUCUGGUCCAUGUUUUCGCAAAUCAGUAUCACAAAUCUUCCGAUCAAGAAGCCCGGCCUAACGGCAUCAUUUUCUAACGUGUUACUUGGAGGCUAUCAACUGCGAACAGGUCCUGGGCUUAUCCGGAUCAAGUGGCUAUCAUGCGGAGAGCCCGAAGUAAUGAUACUUCUUGUGCACCCUAGCUUGUCAAUCAGCUUUUCAUCAGUACCACAUGGCCUGACGCCGAGCCAUUCAGCUUACCCCGUUCAACAGGCAGCUGGGCUCAUUUAUCUUAUCGGAAUUCCCCGAUCCGAUGAGAAUGGGUGGAAGUAUCUUCACCAUAACUCACAAGCAUCAAUCUCCUCACAGUUAAAACACACCUGGCUAGGUCCGUUUUAA